AUGUCUAACUCUGACCCUGCACGCCCUCUCGAUCCCCAUCGUGUUCAUGCCGAGACUGGCAUCCAACAGUUCGACGUAUUCAUUGCCGGCUCGGGCCCCAUUGGAGCGACCUACGCGCGACUCCUCGUGGACCGUGGGUUCAGCGUCUGCAUGGUCGAUAUUGGCGAUCUUCAGGAUGCGGCCCAUCCCGCCGCGCACCACAAGAACGAGAUCAGGUUUCGCAAGGAUAUAGACGCCUUCGUUAGGGUCAUUCAGGGUGCCCUUUCCACCGUCUCCAUUCCGACUAGCAGCACCAACCUGCCUACGCUGGAUCCUUCCGCAUUCGGAGGACGGAACCAAGGAGCGAGCGCCUCGAUCUAUCAUGGCCGAAACCCUCGCCAGGACAUCCAGAAGAACCUUGCGGCGGAAGCCGUCACGCGCUGCGUAGGCGGCAUGGCCACUCAUUGGACUUGCGCUACUCCCGAGUUCCACAGGGAUGUCGAGCGUCCGAGGAUCUUCGAGGAUCGUGAGCGUGACGACAAGGAAUGGGAAUUGCUGUAUGAGGCUGCCCGUGGACUGAUAGGCACGAGCGACAAAGAAUUCGACCGGUCCAUUCGCCACAACGUCGUGCUGAACGCCCUGAAGGGCGUCAAGGACUACGAGGCACGCGGCGUCAAGGCUCUUCCGCUCGCUUGUCACCGCAUCGGCGAGAAAGGCGAUGGCCCGUACGUUCGUUGGCACUCCGCCGAGAAUGUAUAUGGAGGGCCAGAGUUCUUCAAGAAGGUGCCAGAGCCCGGCAAAGGGGUCUUCCGCCUUUUGGACAAUACGCGCUGCACCAAGCUGAUCCCCAAGCCGGGUGGCGCCUCCGUCGUCGAUAUAGGUCUCGUAGAGGUGCAAGACUUGCUUGCCGUGAUGGACCAGAAAGACAAGGUUGACUUCGUGAUCAACGCCAAGGCCUUCGUGAUUGCCUCAGGUGCCAUGGGAACUCCCCAGAUCCUGGCGAACUCUGGGUUCGGCGGCAUGCGUGACCAGAUUGACGACAAGAACGUGCUCAUCCCGAACUUGGGCAAGUACAUCACCGAGCAACCGAUGGCGUUCUGUCAGAUUGUACUGCGCCAGGAACUCGUGAACGACGUGACAUCGCGGAAUCAUCCAGAUUGGUGGCAAGAGCGUGUUCGGGAUCAUCGCAAGAGGUUCCCCAACGAUCCUGUACCCAUCCCGUUUCUCGAUCCUGAGCCCCAGGUCACGAUUCCGUUCUCGCCAGAGUUCCCUUGGCACACUCAGAUCCAUCGCGAUGCAUUCAGCUACGGAGAAGCGGGCCCGCUCGUGGACCCGCGCGUCGUUGUGGACCUCCGAUUCUUCGGUAAGCAGAAGCCAGAUGUCAACAAUAGGAUCAUUUUCGAGGACGAAGUCGAUGACGCCUACGGUAUGCCUCAACCGACGUUCGAAUAUGUGCCCGACGAGGAGUCCGCACGGUUGUCUUCCAGGAUGAUGAAGGACAUGACCGACGUCGCGAACGUCCUCGGCGGUUAUCUCCCGGGCUCCAACCCGCAGUUCAUGACUCCCGGACUUGCUCUUCAUCUUGGUGGCACUACGCGUCUGGGCCGCGAGUCCGAGAAGGCCGAGUCCGUGGCCGACUACAACUCGCUCGUCUGGAACACGAAGAACCUAUACGUCGCGGGGAACGGAGUCAUUCCCACUGCUUUCGCGUCGAACCCUACCUUGACUUCGAUGGCGCUCGCGAUUCGGUCGGCUGCAUCGCUCAUGGAGUAUUUGAGUUCUUCGGAGGGUAAGAAAGGCUCGUCGGGGACCAGGCCCGCGACCUCGCCCACGAAGGCCGAAGAGCUCAAGUGGCUCGUCGACAAGUCGAACAAGAACUAUCCCAAGCACAAGGAGCUCCGCGAGCUGGACAACGUCGUGCUUACGCACCCGGUCCAUGCCUAG